ACACACACACACACACACACGUCCAACCACACACACACAUAGCUGGCCCAGCUGCUCGGAACCAUGACAGAAGAUGACGGAUACGGUUGUCGCGGAGGGACAAGUCAAGUUCAGAGAUGGAAAAAAGUGGAAGACUCGGUGGGUCGUCCUUCGGAAACCGUCUCCGGUCGCAGACUGUCUGUCUCUGCUGGUGUACAAAGAGAAGAGGAAAUCCAAGGAUAAGGAGAAGAGCCAAUACCACAAAGAGAGGCUCAACGUGAAGAUAGAGGCGAUCUGCGGCUUGGAGCCGGGGCCGGGGUACGACGGCGUCUCCUACUCCCUCUCCAUCCUGUGCCUGACCUACAGCGUGGCGCUGGGCUUCAGCAGCCGCGAGGCCGCCAGCGCCUGGGAGGCCCGCAUCCGCUACAGCCUGGGAGAAGUCCACAGGUUCAGUGUUCAGGUUCAGCCCGGCACUAAACUGGAGAUUGGCCCCGCCUCCCUACACCUCUGCAACACCCUAUUGGUCCUCACCAGGGAUGUCCCGCCCCUCGUCAUUGGCCAUUGGAAGCUGUCGGAACUCCGUCGCUAUGGCGCCGUGCCGGACGGCUUCGUCUUUGAGGGCGGGUCUCGCUGCGGAAUAUGGUCCGGUGUGUUCUACCUGUCCUCCGCUGAGGGGGAGCAGAUCAGCUUCCACCUGGACUGCAUCGCGAGGGGGGUCUCCCCCGGUCGGGCUCAGCGCGGCCCCAGACCCCCAAUGCCAGGGGAUCCAACCCCCUGCUCAUCAGAGGAGCGGAUGAAUCAGGAGGAGCUGGAGCUGGAGAAGAGGCUCAGCCUGCUGUCUCAGAGCAGCAGGCCCUGCAGCAUGGCCUCCACCUACAGCUGCAGCACCGUCGCCGGGGACGACCACAGCAGCAUCUCCAGCUCCUCGUCCAGCCAAUCAGACUCCAGCUACGGCAGCCGUCUCCUGGUGUGGGCGGAGCCGACGGCGACGUGGUCCCGCCUCUCCACCGAGACGGUGAGCAGCUCCUCCUCCACGCUGAAGGCCCUGCUGACGGGCUCCGACGGCGUGCUCUACAACGCCGCCGCGGGCGCCGCCCCCCGCCCGUCGUCGUCCAAUCAGCUGGCGGCGCACGGGCUCCAGGACAGCGGGCGGCAGAACUCCCUGGACAGCGGCAUCGGGGUCGCGUCCUCCGGGAGCUCCGCCUCCUACGCCGGCAGCCUGGACGCGGCGAGCCAAGGCGGGGCCGAGGACUUCGGCUCGGCGGGCAGCCUCCCGUUGGCCGCCUCGCGCCCCACCUCCCCCCUGCAGCCCUGCUACGACACCCCCCGGAGCCUGCUCCAGGGCCUGGGCCCGCGGGGCCCCCAGGCCCAGGGGGGGCCCCCGGUGACGGGCAGGGACCGGAGGGGCGGGGGGGGUCCGGGACAGGGGCCCAGGGACAGCCCGGCAGAACUCUCCCUCCUGUGGGGGCGGGCCCCGGCACGGCCCGCGGUCCCUCACUCCUCUCAUUCCUGGGCUGGGGAAAGGGCGCCCUCUGUGGACGGAGCGGGGCGGUGCGGCGGCCGGAGGCUGCUGUUCUCAGGACGGCCCGUCUGUGGAGGGCCUCAGUGUGCCCACACCACGCCGGACAACUACAUCAUCCCGGAGCUGUGGCGGGGGUGUGGAGGGGAGGGCCGCACGCAGGCCUCCAACUACUUCCCUCCAGAACUUUUACCCAGUGCUGGCUGUCGGAGCACAUCAGGCCGGAGGCAGGGUGAGACGGGGGGGUCGGAUGGCCUUAUCAAGCUCCUGAUGGAUCCGCAGAGAUCACUGCCCUACCUGGCGCCCUCGCUCCGUACCGGCCCACCGAAAGCACCCUGCUCGUACCAAAUGCCGACGGCAGGGGUGUUCCACCGGCCCCCGGAGGUGAUCCUCUCCCCCUCCCUGGAGAGGAGGUUCCUCAGUACGGCCAACUACGUCAACGUCCCCAUGAGUCCCGCUGUGGCCGAGAGCCGGAGAGCUCUCCUCAACAUGGAGCUCCGCCUCAACACGCCCGGCCCUUACCCAGCCUCCAGACCGCCCAGCGCGCCGAGAGGAGACUCUGUCGACAGGUACCCUCACCUUGACAUGGCUGCCAUGGAAAGGGGCCAGGAGGAGAUGAUGCUGGCUUACGGCCAGCAAAGGGACGCCAGGCUGAGUCUGAUGGGUGACCAGAGGGGGGCGCUCACCUGA